AUGAAGAAGGCAUUUGCCAUAUUCCUUGCCUUUGCCAUUGUGGCCUCUGCAUCUGCGAGGGACAUUGUUCGAUCCAUUCAAAAGGAUCUCACCUACGAUGAAAAUGGCAAAUUGGCCAAACACCACCUUCUCUUCCCUGCGGGUAACCAUCGAUGCGAUCCUGCCAAAAUCGGACAAACAUAUGGCUUUGAGUUUCGUGCUGUUGCCGAUGAGGCCCUUGCUGCUGUGUUUCCUGGAGCCAGUGAAGGAGAUUGUGUGGCAGUUUGUCUUGAGCGAGGGACGGACAAGUCGGUUGCGCAUGCUGCCAUGCCCGAACGACACUGGCUUGGAGAGGGAGAUUUUCGUGAUUGGUUCGAGAAUACAUGCAAGAAAACGGAGGUCUGCCUCAUGAACUAUCACAGCCGGGAGACUCCCAUUAAAGUUUACUGGAUCUCACCUACUGGAGAGAAGAAAUUUCAUAUGGAACUGCAAUAUGGCGAGCGUGGCACUCGGUGCUUUUCCAGUUUCUUGGGGCAUAAAUUUGAAGUGGAAGAUGGGGUAACAGGAGAGCUGCUGCGGAAAAUUAAAGUUGAGUUUAUCAGCACUAUUGCAACUGGCGUUUCUCCUCCCAGUGGCGAUCCUGAAAUGCGUGACUUUGAGUGGGAAAUUGAAAGGACUCUGCACAACGAAUGGAGAAGGCACAAUCGGGUGACGAGGACCUUCAGCCCAUUGGGAUUCAAGAAAGGACGCCUUCCAGAGGAUUUAUUUGCCAGUAUGGGAGCAUUCUACUACAACAAUAGAAACCACAAAGUGCGGGAAGAGUGGAACGGAAAAGGUGUCUUUGUCAAUUGGUGGGAAACGGAUUGCUCCUUCAUUCAAAUUCCAUGGAACCAAAAGGGAACAUGGCAAGAGAGACUCCGACUGCUGGUAGAAGCAUGGGCUGGUGUUCCUGUGGAGCAAACAGAUAUGUAUGGUCUCCGCCAGUAUGAACAUGGUGCCCGACUGUUGACUCAUGUUGAUAGAGAAGCAACCCAUGCUGUCAGUCUAAUUGUGAAUAUUGCCCAAGGAAACAUGACUGAGCCCUGGCCUGUGGAAGUGAAUGACCAUAAUGAUCGAUUGCAUGAGGUCAUCAUGGAGCCAGGGGAUGUGGUGUACUACGAGAGUGCCAAGUGUUUGCAUGGAAGAAACCGGCCAUUGACAGGCCCAGACGCUUUCUACACCAAUCUAUUUACUCACUAUCGGCCGGUUGGUGACCCAAAAUGGUUCGAAAAACCAAACCAUGAAGGGGUGCCAGAUCCUGUGCUUGAUGUGGAAGGAGACUGCCGGCUGGAAAAAGUGAAGACCUCCGAGACAAGCUCAAAUCAACUUGGAGUUGUAGAGGCUGUCAAGUGUGAUGAUCCCCGACUUGGAUCAUAUGUGUCGCCUGCCCUAUUCAAGGCGGCAAGUGCAGAGGAUCUCAUUGAAUGGUGGCGAAUGACGUCUCCACCGGAACCGUCCCAAAGCACAGAUGCCACGGACAGUGGAAGGGACGAACUAUAG